AUGAAACAUUUGAUUGCCGAACGUACACCACCAAAUAAACGCGAUGAAAGAAUUGGUACAAUUGAAGCGCUCGAAAAAACAGUUGAAAUGCUCCGCACAACACCGGUCUAUUCUACGGCCGAGCGGCUACGAUUGAGUCCGGCACAUUCCUGCUCGGAAACGGUGGAGACUCUGGUGGCCGGAAACAACGGUGGCGUUUUGCCGGCUGAGGAUGUCUCAACGCCGUCCACUCGCACACCAUCACCAACCGCAAAUCGCUUCACGAGAAGACAUAUUCUCUCUGCGCAUGUUUCACUUCCGGACGGCAAAAUUUUGGAGUUCAGGCGGAACGUCAACGAUGCAUUUGAACUUCAGGUAAUCGCUCGCUCGCCAGCACAGCUAUUAUUAGUUCCCCGGGUAAUUUCCUGCCCACUUAUAAUGCGAUAA